AUGAGUUUCCUCGGGCUUCUGCUGUCUGCAGUUUUUCCUGUGGCAAUUUACGGAAUUUUUCUAGUCGUCUAUCGCCUCUACUUUCAUCCUCUGCGUCGUUUCCCCGGCCCCAAGCUCGCCGCCGCGACAUUCUGGUAUGAAGUAUACUACGACUGGUUCAAGGGCCCCUACCCCGGCUCUAGCUGGAACUUGGACCGACUGCAUAAUCAGUAUGGCCCCAUCUUGCGAAAGACGCCCGAUGAGCUUUCCAUCCGCGACCCCGACUACGUAGACGUGUUCUUCGCCGGGGGCCGGCGCGACCGCUAUAGCCGGCAGGGUAAGGAGGCACAAGGCUCAGUGCAGUCAACCCUCCUGGGCAGCGACCACCGGAGACGGCGGGGCGCAUUAACUGGGUUCUUCUCGAAGCGCUCGUUGGAUACCCUCGAGCCGUUUAUCAUGGACAAGGUGGAGCAGCUUUCGGCUAGCGUGGAGGAGAAUUUCCUGAAGACUGGCAAUAUCCUAGAGGCCGGGGUAGCUUUUGGCGCGCUCACACUGGAUACCAUCACGGACUACUGCUUUGAUCAGAGCUUCGGCUGCUUGAGCAAACCAGAUCUGGCACCCGAGUGGCGCAGGACGUUCUGGGAUAUGCUGGAAAGUAUCCCUUUUCUGAAGAACUGGACCUUCUUUGCAGAGAUGUUCUUCUGGGUGCCACAGUGGGUGGUGAAACAUACAAAUCCGGCGAUGGAGCAGUUUUUCAUCAUGCAAGCGGCCAUCAGAGCGAAGGUCGCCCGCGUCACAAUGGAGUGGGAGCAGGACCAGGCGCUCCAGUUACAGGGUAAAGAUCCCUUUAUGAAGGGGAAGAGGAAGAGGACGAUCUUUUACGAUAUUCUCAAUAGCGCUGUGCUUCUUCCGGAAGAUAAAACACCCAAGCGCAUGGCGGAAGAAGCCUUUGGUAUGGUGGUGGCAGGAGGCUAUACAACCGGUAAAGCCAUGGCAAACUUGAUGUAUCAUCUCCACGCCAAUCCGAAGUGGCUAGAGAGGGUUCGGGAGGAGCUGGAUUCGCUCAUGCCGUCCCCAGACCAGCCGGUCAAGUUAUCUGACCUGCAAGCCCUGCCCUAUCUGACUGCCUGUAUUAAAGAGAACCUGCGCAUCAGCAACAUCAUCACAGAUAGUAUCAUGCUGGUCGAGCCAGUCGACACUCUUACCUACAAAGAUUGGGUCAUCCCGCCAAAAACUCCCAUCGGAAUGACCUUGUACCAUAUGCAUAUGGACGAGCAGAUCUAUCCGGAGCCAAAGGCGUUCAAGCCGGAGCGUUGGAUCAAGGGUGCAGAGGCGAAGCACGAUCUCGACAAGUACUUUGCGCCCUUCUCAAAGGGGACUCGCGGCUGUUUGGGGGUUAAUCUGGCAAAUGCGCAGAUGUAUCUUGGCCUAGGCGUCAUUCUUAGACGCUUCGAUUUCCAGCUGUUCGAUGUGGUGAAGGAGCGCGACGUUGACACGGUUCGAGACUGCUUCGUAGGCCUCGAAAGUCCUGAGUCGAAAGGAGUCCGAUUAAGAGUCAUGGAUAAGCGUGAAUAG